UUGCCGAGUCCCACCCCUUCGCCGCCCAUCUCACAACCUGCAAUCCACCAGUCCAACAUAAAUACAAACCCACAGUCCACAGAUUGGCGUUGUAGUAGAUCUGAGCUUCCGACGCUUUCUGAACCAGGAGACACGCUUUCCUCAGCAGCAAAAAGAACAAAGAAAAACCCGCUCGCGACAACGACAACGAAACAAGAUGUACAACGCAAGCAAAGCGCUCUCGGCAUUGAUCCUUACAGUCGUGCUCUCGGUUCUGGUGGGGCAUUCGGCUUCAGCUCCGCCUUCCUCGCCUGCUGAUGCGUUCAAGAAGCUCUCCUCAAGCGAUCCUACCAACUUAGCGGUCCCACGGAUGAAUGGAGACGCCGACGAAGAGGCCGAGCAAGCAAGGAAGGGAUCGAGCCUUGUGCGCCAUAGAUCACUGGACUCGGACCUCUUGAGCAAUGACGAUGGAAGUCCACCGCCCGUGGCCCAGUCGGCGAAUGCACCCUCAUCGCCGAACCUGAGCAUCACCGCGCCUUCAGUCGGAUCGGCCGGCGGAGGGGCCAUCAAACUACUACUCCACCAGCCCAGCCCAAAGAAUUCGUUCCAGCCGAGACGGUUCCAGGAUGACUCCGUAUCCGAGGAUCCCAAGCAAUUCACGGUCGCCCCUCCUCCCGACCAGAACUCUCAACGCAAGCGCCACACCCAAUCCCAUCAAUCUACCUCCUACGAAGCCGGAGACAUCAGACCCAACAGCCCCAAGAACUCUUUCCAACCACGACGGUUCCAGGAUGACUCGGUAUCGGAGGAUGCCAAGCAAUUCAUGGUCGCCCCUCCUCCCGACCAGAACCCCCAACGCAAGCGCCACACCGAAUCUCGUCAAACGAGCUCAUACGAAGCCGUAGACCUCAGCUCCAACAGCCCCAAGAAUUCGUUCCAACCACGACGGUUCCAGGACGACUCGGUAUCGGAGGAUCCCAAGCAAUUCAUGGUCGCCCCUCCUCCCGACCAGAACCCUCAACGCAAGCGCCACGCCGAAUCUCAUCAAACGAGCUCCAACGAAGCCGUAGAUGUCAGCCGCAACAAAGCUCUCGGCUUCGGAUGGCACUGAUACUGUUCCGCCCACUCUCAUGCCUGUGCCGCAUACUUCCAGGAAGAGUGAGGCAGCACUUGCCUGUCUCCUACAGUCGAGCUCUGUAACCUGAGGCCCUCACUGUCGCCGAAUCCUUCUCUUACCCUUCACAAACAGGCUUGUGCCCUCUCGAGGCGCGCCAACUGGACUCCUCUAUUCCUCUACUAUCAACACCCCUCUUCAACCUUAUCCCUUCCUAGACCUCCUGCUCGUCUCCGUUAAAAAUGCUCAUGUUAAUCUGUCCCCUGCUUCUUCACGACCCAACC